CGGGAGCCAACUAAAUUACCAGUGAUGGUUUAUAUACAUGGAGAAUCUUAUGAUUGGAAUUCUGGUAACCCUUAUGAUGGAAGUGUAUUAGCGAGCUUUGGGGGAGUCGUAGUUGUAACAAUAAAUUAUCGACUAGGCGUAUUAGGUUUUUUACCUGCUUUUGAUGGAGCGGCCAGGGGAAAUUAUGGCAUAAUGGAUCAAGUAGCUGCACUUCAUUGGAUUCAAGAGAACAUUGCUGAAUUUGGGGGUGAUCCAAAUAAUGUGACUUUAUUUGGUCAUGGACAUGGAGCAGCUUGCAUAAAUUUUCUUAUGAUCUCCCCCAUGGCAAGAGGUCUGUUUCAGCGUGCCAUAUUGCAAAGUGGUUCAGCUUUUAGUCCAUGGGCCCUUGCUCGUGAUUCAGCAACGCAUACUCGGUAUCUUGCUUCAGUUCUUGACUGUCCUACUCGAGACAAUACUGCCCUUGUUGAGUGUAUCCGUCAGCGUUCCAUAUCAGACAUUAUGAGGGUGCAACUAGAUCUUCCAGACUUUCUCACAGCAUUCGGACCAACAAUUGAUGGAAUAGUAAUUCCCAAUGAGCCAGCUCUUCUCAUGAAAAACUACAAAGACUUAUUUGGUCAAUACGAUAUGAUGUUUGGUGUAACUAAAAUCGAAUCGAUUUUUCGAUUUUCGGCCCAUGAAGAAAAAUUCGGUAUUGAUUCUCUACGGAGAGACAGGAUAUUUAGAACAUUAGUUAGAAACGUUUUCACAUUCCAUUUGCAAGAAAUUUACUUGACAAUUUUAAAUGAAUAUACAGAUUGGUUACAUCCUGAGCAACAUCCACUGAAUAUUUUUGAAACUACUGUGGAGGCUUUAAGUGAUGUCCUUACUGUAGCACCCAUGUUAAAAUCUGGGAAUUAUCAUUCUAUGUCUCACGCUGCCAAAACAUUUUUUUAUGUGUUUGAUCACCAAACUGAAGAAAGUGAUUAUUCUCCAAGAAUGGGUUGUGUUAGUGGUGAAGAGUUGAAUUAUGUGUUUGGAGCACCUCUUGUGUCUAGCUUGGCGCAUUUCAGCUCAAAUUACACGCGUUCGGAAUACUCCUUAACAAAAGCUGUUAUGACAUACUGGGCAAACUUCGCCAAAACAGGAGAUCCAAACGCUGUUUUCUUAGAAGAGGAUGAAGAAACUGAUGAGAGAGAUUCUGGAAGAUACAGUGGUGUAAAUUGGCCUCCAUACGAUCGCCUCCAUCAGAGAUAUAUUUUAAUGGGUCUGAAAUCGAAAGUAAAAGACCAUUACCAUUCACAUCGUUUAUCUUUUUGGCUUCAUCUCAUUCCCUCAUUAAACAGACCAGGAGAAGGAAAUCUUAGCUACAGUCAUCACAUGCUUGAUGACCACAACAAUCUUCGCACGUAUGAUGGUAAAGUAAGGGACAUUCCCAGUGAUCUUGCAAAAGUGACGCCAGAAGAAGUAUUUUAUCCACCACCUUUACCGAUGCCAACAAUAUCUCCUCCUCAUUCAACCACACCUCUUUCAGAGGUUUCCACUAGGCAAGCUCAAAUAGUCAUUAAGCUCAAUAAUUUACCACCGGGAAUGAAAAAAGGAGCUGGUGCAGAAAACUUGACUAAUUUUGUUGAAAAUUUUGAGUCAUCAUCUACAGUGCCUCCUAACGAAAGAACUACAGAUUCUUCAUCUAAUCCCUUUGAUAUGGGGAUAUAUUCAACAGCGCUUAGUGUUACAAUAGCUGUUGGAUGUUCACUGCUUAUAUUAAACGUACUUAUAUUUGCUGGUGUGUAUUAUCAAAGGGAUAGGAAUAGAAUGGAGUUAGCUCUGCAAAAAGCAAAUUUUCAGCAGCAGCAACAGCUUGCAAACAGGAUCGAGCUAGGUGGUCCUCCUGAACCCUCCACUCUAACUCAAAGCGUCACCACAAAGCAACAUCCGAUGAGAGCUCCACCACCGUCUCCAGCGGGACAAUAUUUACAAGUUCAAGAUUUUACAUACCCUGGUAUGAAUCCAGCCCACUACUUAAAUUCUCUACCACCAAAACAUCAUCAGGGAAUCGCAGUAAUGGCUGCACCAUCAGUCACUAACACACCAAAAACGGAUCCACAGAGCACACCAGAGGCACAACCAUUAUUGCCACAAAAUCAGAGUGAAGUUCGAAUGAUGAGUCAUCUAUGGUCUCCGCCCAAUCAGGAGAUCUCUGUGUGAUCAGCUCAAGACACCCCGUGGAGAAACGACCGUAUAGGAUGGAAACAUCUGUGUUUCGCUGAACAACUUCUACACAUUCCUCGACAAGACGUGGAUGACCACUAGUCGUGCAGGAAUAAAAAAAAAUUCAUUGCCUGCAGGCGAAUGAAUCCUGCUCUAUAACAGGCAAGACUUUGGGUCCAGCAAAGAUAUUUCAUCCGUCCUUCCCGAUGUCAUGAUGAAGAGACGAGAUUUCACAGAAUCACAGCUGUCCAAAGUUCUAUGAAACUAUCCAUUAAAUGGCGUUUCUCUACGUGAGAUGAUCAAUGACCAACAGGAAAACUUUUUUGUUAUAUGUGCUUUGAUAUUUGUGCGUCAGUAUAUAUAAUUCUUGUUUUAUCUUCAUGAACAGUACAUUAUUGGUGGACCGUAAAAUCAUAUGCUGAUUCGCACACUCCCAAAGAAAAGGGCUCACUAAAGCACACAAUUAAAAUGUUUAACUGUA